AUGGAAGGCGUAACAAGAAUUUCCUUUCUCUCAUCUUUAUUUCUCUCUAUUCUAUUAAUUUGUGAUGCAGUAGACACCAUAACUGUAACCACAUCUCUUGCAGAUGGAAACUACGUCGUUUCAUCUGGAGGAACAUUUGAAAUGGGAUUCUUCAGCCCAGAAAAUUCUAUCAACAGGUUCUUAGGAAUAUGGUACAAACAAAUUUCUGUAAGAACAAUUGUAUGGGUGGCCAAUAGAGAGACCCCUUUCAAUGACACUUCAGGAGCUUUAAAGUUGACAGAGAAUGGGAAUUUGGUACUAGUAAAUAGUACUAAUGGUGUUGUUUUAUGGUCAUCCAAUUCCACUAGUGUCUCUAUGAGUCUCGUCGCUCAACUACUCGACUCGGGAAAUCUUGUCAUACGAGGUUCCAGUGAUGGAAAUUACACAUGGCAGAGUUUUGAUCAUCCAACAGACACGGCCUUGCCCGGGAUGAAAAUGGGGAAGAAUUUUGUGACGGGCGUUGACCGGAUUCUAUGUUCGUGGAAGACUAAGAACGAUCCUUCGCGGGGAGAUUUUACUUAUCUUAUGGAUACUCACGGAUAUCCACAACACAUGAUGAUGAGUGGUUCAAGUGUACGUUUUCGAUCAGGACCAUGGAAUGGCCUGUCAUUUAGUGGGUCUCCAGGCCUAAAAAAGAAUCCGAUCUACACAUUUCAAUUCGUGUUCAAUCAACAGGAAGUAUACUAUAGCUUCGACCUCAUUAACCCUUACAUUUACUCAAGGCUCGUAUUGGAUCCGGAUGGAGUUCUUCGACGAUUUUCGUGGAAUAAUAGAACACAGGUUUGGACUAAUUUGGUUAAUGCACCAGCGGAUAAUUGUGCCCUUUAUGGACAAUGUCAUGGAUAUGGUAGUUGUGAUACUAAUAACUCUCCAAUUUGCAGUUGUAUGGAUAAAUUUAAGCCAAAAGACCCAAAAGAUUGGCUCUCGGCCGAUUGGUCAAAUGGCUGUGUUCGUAAAACCCCAUUGAAUUGCAAGAGUGACGGUUUUAUAAAGUAUUCUGGAAUAAAAUUACCCGAUACGAGAAAUUCAUGGUAUAAUUUGAGCAUGUCACUUGAGAAAUGCAGGGAAAUAUGCAUGACUAAUUGUUCUUGCAUGGCUUACUCCAAUAUAGAUAUAAGAGGGAAAGGAAAUGGUUGCUUUCUUUGGUUUGAUGAUCUGAUGGACAUCAGAUAUUAUGGUGGAAAUGAUGGUCAAGAUAUCUACAUUAGGAUGGCAUCCUCUGAGUUAGGCUCAAGUGGUCUGAAAAAGAAGAUACUUAGGGUGUGUCUGGCAUCACUUGGGGCAGUUCUUAUAUUGUUCCUCAUACUCAUCUCAUUCACUUGGAAGAAGAAGAAGGAUAGAGAAAAACGGCAAAAAGUGCAGCAACAGCAACAACUAACUAGAGAAG